AUGGGACUCCUCGAUGGAUAUUCACUAAUGAUAGUAGCCAAAUAUUUUCGUUCAAUUUCCGACUUUAUGAACAUCGAAAUGGUCAAUUCAAAAUACCGAAACACAGCAGCACGAUUUCACAUCAACCCCAUUCCCCUCACACAAAAGAUACUCAAACAUUUUCCCCGUCUUGAAUCACUCAACAUUUGGGAAGAAUGUGAAGAGACUUUUGGCAACAAUAUUUUUGGCACCAAACAAACAACUCAUACUACUGACGUGACAAAACUGAACUUUUAUCGUGUUAUCGUUUGGUGCAAAGUGACGUACUCUUUCUAUGAGUCACGACAACCAACAAACUGCAUAUACAAGAACAUUUCAUAUGGAGUUGAUGAUAGAUACACAAUAGACGAUCCAAUAGCUCUAGAAGUCACUUCAUACGAUGCAGAAUGUUUUGGAUAUGAAGAAGUCACUUCAAUUGAAAUUCCUGACAAAGUUACGUCACUUGGUGAGGAAUGUUUCAGACAGUGCUCAGCACUUUCUUCCAUUAAAUUACCUAAUAAUUUGCAAAACCUCUCAAGUUUCUGUUUCUGUGAGUGUAGUGCACUUGAAAAUCUUGUGAUUCCAAAAGGAGUAAAUCAUAUUGGCAAUGGCUGUUUUGCGAAGUGUGUAAAUUUGAAGAGAGUUUCGCUUCCAGAUGAAAUAACAGAAAUACCAAAAGGAUGUUUUUCUGAGUGUGGAGCGCUUAGUGAAAUAACUAUUCCAAGUGGUGUCACAAGAAUUGAGAUAUAUGCUUUUUCUGAGUGUACUUCUUUAAAAAGUGCCAUAGUUAAUGACGGAAUUGUUGAGAUAGGAGAAAGAGCUUUUGUGAAUUGUCGGAACUUGAAAAUGGCCAAAUUUGGGAAAAACGUCAAAAUCAUAGAAAGACAUGCUUUUGAAAAGUGUUUUUCUUUAAAAUCAAUUGUAUUGCCUACGUGUGUUGAAGAAAUGGGGGAUUGUGCUUUCCCUCCGUGCACUGAAGUUGUUAAAAAAUAUUUGUAA